AUGGCCCGCGAUGAACUACCAGCCCACAAGCCCGGUCCGACACUGCUUCCAGGACCGAUAGCGUCGACUGUCAGUCUCGCGGCGCGCUCAACAUCCCUUGCCAUUCGCCUCGGGUCUUUCGUCGGUGGAUAUGGACUCGACGCUGCGCGUUUCACAACUUUGUCCAGUCUGGAGCUGGCCCGCGGCCUGGUCGAGGUCGUCCUCACACGCGCCGGAAAAGACACGCUGGACCAUGCAAAGAGCAGCCUGGCUGCUGCAGACGCCGAAAAUGUACUUGAACGCAGCUUGGAGGGUCUUCACUACGCAGUCAUUCAAGUCGCCUUUUGGACCUCAGCCAGCUUUCGCUUGACCGGAACCACUCUCUCCUUGGCCUCAGGCUCGUCGCAACUUCUCCUUUCGUCCUUAGAUAAGCUCCUUGGAUCGACAGACUCUUCUCGUGCUGUUGCCAGCAUCAUAACUCUCAUACGCCGCGAGUUCCGCAACCCGGUGACGGGCACCAAGGGUGAGCGCGUCGGCGUCCUCGACUUGAUGCUGGCUCUCAGUGCCCUGGCAUAUCUGCAACAAGCCUGUCGCAAGUUGCCCGAGGAAGAGGCCCGCAAAAAAUCCUUUGAAGAGGUCAUUUGGGAUGUAGUUGUGCUCAACGAUGGCGACCGCGUUGACGUUGACGAGAAAACGGCUCUGCAGCGCGGCUAUGCGCCAGCGUUUGGCCAAGAUGCCUCUAGGCGAGACUCUUCAGACGACGAGGAAGCUUUGGCGCACUUGAAGAGUCACGUCGCAAAGUCUCUCCCACCCGAAGCAAAGGUGACCAUUUCCAACUCUGUUACAACCGUGCAGACCAUUACAGUCGAAGUGGAAGGGUGUCUGCCCAUUUUACCGACUCCUCUAGGGGCCGAGAUCAUUGAGACUACUACGCCAGUCUCUAAAUCGAAACGGCUUUCCUAUCCAGGACACGACAACGAUGGUCCUUAUCGAGUCGUUUACAGAAUAGAACGCGAUAAAUUUCGCGCCAUGACUCUGCAGGGAGGCGAUGAGGCAGAAACGGGCUCCAUCCUUGGCGAAGUUGAGAGCGACAAAGAUUCUCCUUCUACGCCAAUGCAAUACGAUCCAGCGACUGGCAUAUUUGUGCCCGUAGUAGCUCCUUCGCCUCCCCCAAAAGCUGCCGAAAGCCCCAAGCCAGAAUCACCACCAGUUUCUCCCGACGCUGAAAAGGAGAACCAGAUACCAAAGAUCACCGAAACACGCAAGGCCGAGCCUACUGCAAACCAAAAACGGCAGAGACAGCCUGCUCCUACAGCGGUGCUGGGGAAAGCAACCUCGCCAACGACCAGAAAGCCCGUUUCCAAAAAGAAGGCAGACAGCGUCGGCCGCUCCGCAGACAAGAAGCCAGGACUAAAGCAGGUUUUCAAAGACGGAAGCCAGUCCAUCUCCAACAUGUGGAACAAAGACGGCAACGAAAAUGUCCCAAGACCAAAGCAAGGAAUUACUACCAGCAGUCGUGCUGAGUCUUCCCAAAAAGUCACGGCACUGCACAAUCGUCCCACCAAAGCCUCACAGGAACGGUCCAUUGCCAACCGAAGGUCGCUCGUAACCCCAGAGCCAUUGCGUCGAAGCUCUUCUCGUACCAGCUAUAUUUCGCUUGCCGACAGAAGACAGACCAUAUCAUCCCAGGGCGGCUACCCAGUCAUCAAGGGCGGGAUGGCGCCAUCCUCGCCAACUUUUAUAAAACAUGAUUCGCCACUACCGCAGGAAUCUGCUAUUCGAUCGCGGCGAGGCUCACUUCUCAGUGCCAAUACUCCGGCUUCCCCAAUGCGAGGUCACCGACGCAGCGGAUCGCACGCGCCCAGCAUAUACAGCCUCGGAACAAACGAUUCGCAAACGUCUCUUGUUCUGUCUUCGUACUAUAAAAAGAGCACUUACAACGCCGCAGACGCCUUGCACACCCUGCGCAAAGAAGGUUUCGUGGACGGCACAUUCCCAGAAGGUCACCUGCUACCCAACAUUACCAGAUAUAUGCGCUUUUCAUCCGCCUGCUACGGAUCUCAUUUUCUCAAGUUUCUGGGCAUCUCCAAUGACAUGCCGAAAUUGACGAGCUGGGAUGGAACACAUGAAGAUGUGCGCCAUUUUGCUCAUCACACCGAGUCCAACGCCGGAAAUAUCCUCCUCGCGUCGUUCGUUGAUCUCCAGGGAGGAACUGACUCGACUGGGGCUACUGGCACUGGCGUGCCUCUCGUUCACUACAUUUCUCUCGAUCACGAAGCCAAAGCUGUCGUUCUGGCCUGCCGCGGCACACUGGGUUUCGAAGAUGUCCUGGCUGACAUGACUUGCGACUACGACAACCUUGUCUGGAAGAAACGCUCGUAUAAAGUGCACAAGGGCGUGCAUGCGUCCGCACGUCGCCUCCUCUACGGUGACGACGGUCGCGUCUUGGUCACCCUCAAAGAAGCACUAGCUGAAUUCCCCGACUAUGGCCUAGUACUUUGCGGUCACUCCCUCGGAGGCGCUGUAACAGCUCUCCUUGGUGUCAUGCUAGCUGAAGCAAAUCCAAACGGCCCAGGCUUUGUCACCGCCCCCGAGGCCGCGUUCAAAAAGAUGCUCAGCGAUGGGACUUGCCAAGACCACAAGCACGGGAACACCUUUAUCCCAGCCGGACGCCGCAUCCACGUCUACGCCUACGGCUCGCCCGGUGUCAUGUCCCCAAAGCUCCGCAAAAUCACCCGCGGUCUCAUCACCACCGUCGUGCACGGGGAUGAUCUUGUCCCGCAUCUCUCCCUCGGCAUCCUGCACGACUUUCAAGCUCUCUCAUUCGCCUUCAAGGACAAGGAGAACGCGACCAAGGCCGAUCUCCGCAGACGGAUGUGGGCUGCGUUCCAAAACAGCCUGUCUGACGCGUGGCACAGUGGCAACGAGGCCCGAGAGGUCCCCGGCAACGACGACGACAAGUGGAUGCUCCCGGCGCUGGCGGCGCUGCGCGACAACUUUACGUGCGACCGACUCGUGCCGCCAGGUGAGGUGUUUGUGAUUGAGAGCUACCCCGUGCUCCGGCGCGAGGCGUUUCUGCUCAACGGCGAGGGCCUUCUUGGACGACCAGCGACCCGAGUCAUCUUGAAGUAUGUGCGCGACGUGGAAACGCGCUUCCUGGAGCCACGUUUCGGCACGAGCAUGUUGACGGAUCAUAGCCCGGCGAAUUAUGAGAAUGCCUUGAAUAAGAUGAGAUUGGGCGUUGUGGACUGA